AUGCGUGAGUACUGCGUGACUGGAGGCACAGGUUUGAUAGGGUCAUACCUUGUGAAGUCCCUUUUGGACAAGGGAUACAAUGUAAGAACCACAGUUCGAAAUCCCGAAAAGUUGGAGAAGGUGGGGUUUCUAUGGGAGCUAAAGGGAGCGAAAGAGAGGCUGAAGAUUUUGAAAGGUGAUGUUAUGGAGGAAGGAAGCAUGGAGGAAGGUUUUGAUGGAGUGGAUGGGGUGUUCCACACGGCUUCCCCUGUGUUAGUCCCCUAUGAUCACAACAUCCAAAAAACCCUCAUUGAUCCAUCCGUAAAGGGCACCUUAAAUGUGCUCAACUCUGCAAAAAAAAUGAUGGUCAAAAGGGUUGUUCUAACCUCCUCAUGCUCUUGCAUAAGAUAUCGCCAUGAUGCCACCCAGCUCUCCCCUCUCAACGAGUCGCGUUGGACCGACCUCGACUACUGCAAACGCUACAAUCUUUGGUAUGCUUAUGCAAAGACAAUGGCAGAGCAAGAAGCAUGGAAAUGGGGUGAGCAAAAUGGUGGGAUUGAGUUAGUUGUGGUCAAUCUCUCCUUUGUGGUUGGCCCUCUGCUUACACCCCAACCAACCAGUACAUUACAACUCAUACUUGCCAUUGUUAAAGGUUUGAUUGGAGAAUAUCCGAAUAAAAGAGUGGGGUUUGUGCAUAUUGAAGACGCGGUGAGAGCACAUAUAUUAGCAAUGGAGGAACAAAAUGCAUCGGGUAGACUCAUAUGUUCAACCACGGUUGCACACUUCUCUCAGAUCAUUCACAUGUUAAGAGCUAAAUAUCCAUCCUAUCCAUAUCUAACCAAGUGCAGCAAUGAAGAAGGAGAUGAGAGUGAACAUAGUUUAGACUGCACCAAAAUUAUGGAAUUGGGGCUUCCUCCUUUCGCCACUCUCUCCCAAAUGUUUGAUGAUUGCAUCCAUAGCUUCCAGCAAAAGGGCUUCCUCUGA